AGUUGCCAAGCUGUUUGCAUUGAAGGUGAAGGAAGGUUUGAUGUGUGCAUAUCGCUAAAAGGGACUCGGAUUGUUGAAGUCUCGCGUAUUUUCAAAAUCUCUUGCUUUCUUUGCCAGCUGGUAUCAAAAAGAUCAAACGCAUAAUAUUCUUGAACAAAAGAUGUCGUCACCUAGCGCUGGAAAGCGACGAAUGGAUACUGAUGUUAUUAAACUUAUAGAGAGUAAACAUGAGGUAACUAUAUUGGGAGGCCUCAAUGAAUUUUGUGUUAAAUUUUAUGGCCCAAAAGGAACACCAUAUGAAGGUGGUGUAUGGAAAGUGAGAGUAGAUUUACCUGAAAAGUAUCCAUUCAAGUCUCCAUCAAUUGGAUUCAUGAACAAAAUAUACCAUCCUAAUAUUGACGAAGUAUCUGGCACCGUUUGCCUCGAUGUCAUCAACCAAGCAUGGACUGCAUUAUACGAUUUAUCCAAUAUUUUCGAGUCUUUCCUUCCUCAGUUGUUGACAUAUCCUAAUCCUAUUGACCCAUUAAAUGGAGAUGCAGCUGCCAUGUAUUUACAUAAACCAGAAGACUAUAAAAAGAAAGUACAAGAAUAUGUAAAAAAAUAUGCCACAGAAGAAGCCCUGCGAGAACAGGAGGAAGAUCAAUCUAGUAGUGAGAGCUCUAUGAGUGAUUUCUCCGAUGAUGAAACACAAGAUAUGGAACUAUAACGAAGUUAGAAUUGGGGUAGGGGA